AUGAACGAGAGAUUUUUCGGGGAUCCGGGCCCGGGCCGCGGGAUCCGUGAGAUUUUGGUCUCGGAAAGAAUUCAGAAAGAUGAGCAACAGGUCCAGGAAAGGCUUCUGAUCCGGAAAACCCGGAAAAAAAUCCCAAGAAAAAAAGACCCGAAACCAUGAACGAGAGAUUUUUUUCGGGGAUCCGGGCCCAGGGCCGCAGGGAUCCGUGAGAUUUUGGUCUCGGAAAGAAUUCAGAAAGAUGAGCAACAGGUCCAGGAAGGCUUCUGAUCCGGAAAACCCGGAAAAAAAUCCCAAGAAAAAGACCCGAAACCAUGAACGAGAGAUUUUUUUCGGGGAUCCGGGCCCGGGCCGCAGGGAUCCGUGAGAUUUUGGUCUCGGAAAGAAUUCAGAAAGAUGAGCAACAGGUCCAGGAAGGCUUCUGAUCCGGAAAACCCGGAAAAAAAUCCCAAGAAAAAAAGACCCGAAACCAUGAACGAGAGAUUUUUUUCGGGGAUCCGGGCCCAGGGCCGCGGGAUCCGUGAGAUUUUGGUCUCGGAAAGAAUUCAGAAAGAUGAGCAACAGGUCCAGGAAGGCUUCUGAUCCGGAAAAACCCGGAAAAAAAUCCCAAGAAAAAAGACCCGAAACCAUGAACGAGAGAUUUUUCGGGGAUCCGGGCCCGAGGCCGCAGGGAUCCGUGAGAUUUUGGUCUCGGAAAGAAUUCAGAAAGAUGAGCAACAGGUCCAGGAAGGCUUCUGAUCCGGAAAAACCCGGAAAAAAAUCCCAAGAAAAAAAGACCCGAAACCAUGAACGAGAGAUUUUUCGGGGAUCCGGGCCCGAGCCGCAGGGAUCCGUGAGAUUUUUGGUCUCGGAAAGAAUUCAGAAAGAUGAGCAACAGGUCCAGGAAGGCUUCUGAUCCGGAAAAACCCGGAAAAAAAUCCCAAGAAAAAAGACCCGAAACCAUGAACGAGAGAUUUUUCGGGGAUCCGGGCCCAGGCCGCAGGGAUCCGUGAGAUUUUGGUCUCGGAAAGAAUUCAGAAAGAUGAGCAACAGGUCCAGGAAGGCUUCUGAUCCGGAAAACCCGGAAAAAAAUCCCAAAGAAAAAGACCCGAAACCAUGAACGAGAGAUUUUUUUCGGGGAUCCGGGCCCAGGCCGCAGGAUCCGUGAGAUUUUGGUCUCGGAAAGAAUUCAGAAAGAUGAGCAACAGGUCCAGGAAGGCUUCUGAUCCGGAAAACCCGGAAAAAAAUCCCAAGAAAAAGACCCGAAACCAUGAACGAGAGAUUUUUUUCGGGGAUCCGGGCCCAGGCCGCAGGGAUCCGUGAGAUUUUGGUCUCGGAAAGAAUUCAGAAAGAUGAGCAACAGGUCCAGGAAGGCUUCUGAUCCGGAAAAACCCGGAAAAAAAUCCCAAGAAAAAAAGACCCGAAACCAUGAACGAGAGAUUUUUCGGGGAUCCGGGCCCGAGCCGCAGGGAUCCGUGAGAUUUUGGUCUCGGAAAGAAUUCAGAAAGAUGAGCAACAGGUCCAGGAAGGCUUCUGAUCCGGAAAACCCGGAAAAAAAUCCCAAGAAAAAAAGACCCGAAACCAUGAACGAGAGAUUUUUUUCGGGGAUCGGGCCCAGGCCGCAGGGAUCCGUGAGAUUUUGGUCUCGGGAAAGAAUUCAGAAAGAUGAGCAACAGGUCCAGGAAGGCUUCUGAUCCGGAAAAACCCGGAAAAAAAUCCCAAGAAAAAAAGACCCGAAACCAUGAACGAGAGAUUUUUUUCGGGGAUCCGGGCCCAGGCCGCAGGAUCCGUGAGAUUUUGGUCUCGGAAAGAAUUCAGAAAGAUGAGCAACAGGUCCAGGAAGGCUUCUGAUCCGGAAAACCCGGAAAAAAAUCCCAAGAAAAAGACCCGAAACCAUGAACGAGAGAUUUUUCAGGGGAUCCGGGCCCGAGGCCGCAGGGAUCCGUGAGAUUUUGGUCUCGGAAAGAAUUCAGAAAGAUGAGCAACAGGUCCAGGAAGGCUUCUGA